UAUAAACGGCCACCCAACCCUGCAGUGCCACCGUCCGGCCGUUUAUAUACAACGGCCGGUCGGGAAGUGCUCUCUGGACACAGCGGAACACCAAUCGCUGUACAGGACCUCUGUGUGAGGUCCCGAUCAUGUGAUCACUGAUUGGCCAAUCAGUGAUCACAUGAAUAGGUGUAAGCAAGAUGUCACUUCUGACAUCAUUACUUACUACAUGUGAAAUCUGCGAAUGAUCACAGAGAUCACAUGGAACAAGGCUAUUCACAACAUCCUUGUACCAUGUGACAAGCUGUGACCAAUCACAGCUCAC